AUGAAGUCAUUCACUCUUUCUGCCCUGAGCACCCUCUUCGCCGGCCUGGCUCUAGCCCAUCCGGUCGACCUCUCCAGGCGCACAGCGGGCCUCUCUGAUGUGGACGUUACGAUUCUCCAAUUUGCUCUGACACUCGAGCACCUUGAAAACACCUUCUACCAAACGGCCUUCAACACAUUCACCUUGCAACACUUUGUUGACGCUGGCUUCAGUGAGGACUUCUUCCUUAAUCUCCAGUUCAUCGCAGCAGACGAGUCCGCCCACGUCGUUCUGCUACAGACAGCUAUUCAGGGAGCUGGCGUCGUGCCGGUUAAGCCAUGCCAGUAUAACUUCCCCGUCACCGACGUGGCUAGCUUUGUUGCAUUGUCCGCCAUUCUCGAGAGUGUCGGCACCAGUGCAUACCUUGGCGCCGCCCCAUUUGUCGGUUCAAAGGACAUUCUUGGUGUUGCUGCCAGUAUCAUGGUCACCGAGGCACUACACACAUCACUGCAGAGGUCGUCAGUGGGUGCCAUUGGCGCUCCCGACCCAUUCGGAACACCUCUCGAUGCCAACUCGGUUUUUACUCUUGCCGCCCAGUUUAUCACCUCGUGUCCUCCAGAAAACCCACCUCUGCCUUUCACUGCUUUCCCUGGCUUGAAGGUUGAUGCGCAGUCGUGCUUAGCUGAGAACACCGCUGCUCAAGCGGCCGCGUCCGCGACAGCAAGCAACACGACCUCUACUGGCACUACCGCUGCUACCUCAGACUCCAGCAGCACGGCCACAACUGCUGCAACAUCCGCGGGUGCCGCCGCCGUAGCAACCACAGCUUCCACCGCUGCAUCAGCCACCACCGAGUCUACUUCUACUGGCGCCAGUGCAACUCAAACAGCCGCGGCACAGCGCAUGCGAGCCCGUACGAAUCAGUCAUCGGCGGUCUCCUGCGAUGCUCCCUCGGCCGGCUCAGCUCUCAAACUGGUGCCCGACUUCAGCACAUCGAAAAAAGACCUAAGCCAGGUGAGCCAAGUCUUUGUGACGUUCAUCGCCGGUCUGAAUGUUGUCUCCGUCGGUGCCCAGCUUUCGCAGUCGGGAAUGACUGCCGCCAUUCCCAACAAUAUUGGGGGCCAAGUGUUUGUAUUCAUUACAGCCAUCGAUGUUAGUGGCAAAAAACUGAGCGACUCGGAUGUUUUAUUCGGUCCGGCGAUCAUGGAAGCUCAAGCUGGCUUUUAUUUUGUGGUUCUGUAG